CCGUCUCCCCCGCUCGCUCGCUUCCCGCGAAACGCCGAAAUCCUCAUCGGCAUCCAUCCAUCACCCAAAACAUCAAUCGAUUUCCCUCCGUCCUCUACUCUGAUCCUCCCAAUCCCCGGGCGGAGGAAUUCGUUCCCGAUUCGCGCCGGAUCUAAUCCAAUCGGGGCGAAACCUAGCAGCACCCGGUUCCCGAGCGAGAGCGGGAGCAAGCAGGAGCUCGCGAUGGCGCCGCUGUCGUGGCGGCACCACACCCUGCUGCAGGCGCUGCUCUCCCGCGGCCCCCUCUCCGAGCGCGACUUCCACGCCGUCUUCGCCGCCCUCUCCGGCAAGAACCCCGCAACUCAUCAACAACUGUUCAGUGAUACACUUCUCAAGAUCAACAAGGACCUCGCAUAUUUGCAGUUUGAGUUGCGAGCAUGCAUAAACCAGUAUGAUGGAAUGGUGUACUACGGAGUGGUUAAUAACAUUGCUGACGAAGAAUCAAAGCUUGGAACAAAGUAUUCUGUGCCUCAGAUUGCAUUCUACAAGGGAUUGUUAGAAGCAAUUGUUCAGGAAGCUGGAAAUGAUGGGAGCAUAACCAGUAUUGACGCUCUCAAUGUCCGGCUGGACAACCAGGUCAUAAUUGUAGACGGUUCACAGGACAGCCAAUCUCGUCUUCCUACUUCCGUAACGAACUUCUCACUGACCCAGAAAGAGAAAACUCUGGAUGAACUGAUACGGGACCGUUGGUUGUCAUACACCUCCACAGGCAAGAUUGGUCUGGGCACCAGAUCAUUUCUUGAUCUCCGAAGCUGGUUCCGUGGUAAUGACAUCCCAUCAUGCAUGGUCUGUAAUGAAGCUUGUAUUAAGGCCUCAAGUUGUCCUAAUGAUGAAUGCAAUGUAAGAAUUCACGAGUACUGUCAGAGGAAGAAAUUUUCACAACGAAAGGCUUCGAGAGGUUGUCCAGGUUGCGGUACCGAAUGGCCCCGCCAGGAUGGUGAAGCCGGUGGCGAUGAUUAUGUGAAUGAGCCUGGUGAGGAUGAAGCCCCUUCAGCUAACCAUUCGUCGAGGAAGAGGCGCAAGCAAGUCAAAGCGGAGCUGGUGGAAGAAAAUAACAACGCAGGCCCAUCAACAGCAGUGCCUAGGAGUAGGACCCUUAGAAGCACUAAAGCCGAAGCGGUUGAGGCUGCUCAACAGGCGUCUUCUGCAGGAGCUUCGCAGGCAACCAGGACUUCCAAAAGAAGGAAGAAGUGAUGAUGCUGUCUAAUGAAUGAGAUUAGGUAGUGAGAUUGGCAGGCUCUCUCUUAUGUCUGUACAUAUGGAAGAUGGUGUGUAAUGGUAGUAGAUGGUUAUUUUGAAGCGGCAAUGCUGCAGCUUCUAGUGCUGGCAGGCCUUAAGAUGAUGGUGUUAGAAACUCCUAGAGAUUAUUUAUCUGACAGUAUAUCAAUCUAGCUAGGCGGGUACAUUUUACUGGUUUGGAAGUGGAGAACCUAUCUGAGCACUGAAGCAUGUUGAAGUCGAUUUGAA